AUGCCAAAUAACCAAAACAAAGAAAUUAAUUCAAAGGUCUCCGUUAUUUCUAACCGCUCUGCUAAUUCUGCUCCUAGUAUCAACAAUGGUCAAUCAAGUAAUUUACAUUCACAACAACAUGGUCAACAUUAUCAACAAUCGCUACAAAAUGAUGAUUCAUUACAAUCUCAGCUUGAAAACUAUUCAUUAAGCGAAGGACGUAAUGGGUCAUCGAAUUCAAAACGUGAAGAUGUUGAAACUGCUGCUGCUACUACUGCUACUGCUGCUACGGCUUUGAAAACUAAUGAUAUUGCUCCUGAUUAUGAAAAUGAUGAUUAUUAUCACGAUGAUGAAAGAAUUGAUUAUACAAAUGCUUACUUGAGAGAAAACAAAAAUUCUCAAGAAAUUUUAUCAAAAUUAAAAGGUAAUAUAACUGAUUUUGAUAAAGUUCAAAAUGGAUUUUCUCAAUGGAAUUAUGAUGAUAGAAUGAUGGAUAAAUUUUCUAAAAAACAAUUUGUUUUUGAUACUUUACCUUCUUUUGAAAUGUUACAUUCUAUGCAAAAUGUUGGUCCUAAAUCUUCAUUUGAAAAUCCUGAUAAUCAUGAUUUCCCUCCAGAUUAUUUCCAUCAUAAUCAUCAUGCAAGAAAUUUGAUUUCAAAUAAUGUUACUGGUGAAUCUUCACAAAACUCUGCUCCAUCUUAUGCUUCUUCUACUUCUUCUACUGGUUAUUUUAGUUCCAUCGCUGAUGAUUCAGGUUCUUCAACUUUAAGUGCAAAUGAUAGUCGUUCUGCUUCAAUUUCUGCCCCUGAAGAUUUGAAUAAUCCUUUAAUUACUGAAGAUUUUGAAAGAAAUUUGAUUGAUAAAUCUCAUUUAUUACCAAAUUAUGAUUCUUUUGAUGUUCAAGUUGGUGUUCAUGUUACUAAAGAUGUUCCUCAUCCACAUCAAAAAAAUGAAUUAGAAUCAAUGUUGAAAGAAUAUACUUCAGGUGAUGUUGUUCAUGGGUAUGUUACACUUGAAAAUUCUUCAGAUAAACCUGUUCAUUUUCAAAUGUUUCAUGUUACAUUGGAAGGUUAUGUUUCAAUCAUUGAUCCAAUCAAGAAGAAACAAAGUAUCAAAAGAUUCUUAACAAUGGUUGAUAUGAGUGCUUCUUGGUCUUAUGGAUGUGUUUCACCAGCUGCUAAUUUACAAUAUGAAGCUUUUUCAAAAGAUGAAGAAGGUUAUAUCAUUGGUUUAAGAAAUGAUAGAAUUUUAGCACCAAAAUCAAAAUAUAAGAAAUUUUUCGCUUUUAAAAUUCCAUAUAAAUUAUUGGAUACAACUUGUCGUCAUGAACAAGAAAUUCAUACUUUAUUACCACCAAGUUUUGGUGUUGAUAGAAUUAAGAAGAAAGGUAAAUACGCUGAAAUUGAUAUUAAUCCAAUUUUAAAUUAUGGUCAUUUAGGUACAAGAGGUUCACCAAUUUUAACUCGUGAUCUUUCAGGUUCAAAUAAUUCAAUAUCUUAUAGUAUUAAUGCUAAACUUAUUGCAACACAUCCUAAAAGACCUAAGAAAUUAUGUGUUAUCAAAGAAUUUGAAUAUCAUUUACGUUUCAUUCCUUUUGGGUUUGCUGUCCCAUUAUUUUCAUCAAAAUCUGCUUUAAAUAAUUUAACUUCACAAAUUGAUCAUGGUUUUGAAAUUGCUAAUCAUGUAUUGAAAAUGAAGAAGGAAAAUUCAAAUGCUACUUUAGAAGAUGAAGAAGAAUUUAUUAGAUCUUUAAAAAAUAGACAAUUAUCAACUGUUCGUUCAAAUUCAUGUUCUAGUAUUAGUACUACUAGUGGUUCAUCAAUUAGAAAUAGUGAUGUGAAUUUCCCAUUGAGAAAUAAAAAUUUUGGUAAUGCUGAUUUCUCAAGAGUUGAAACUCAUUUACAAUAUUUAAAAAAUGAUUCAUCAAAUACAAGAUCAAGUUUUUUGAAUAGUUUAAAAUUAGGAAGUUCUAAAAAAAACACAAAUGAAUCAAAUGGGAAACAAAAUGGAUUAAUAAAUAUUUCAACAAGAAUUCCAAAAGAUGGUUUACCAUAUAUUUCACCAAAUAUGUUAAGAAAGACAAAUGAAAUUUCUAAAUUAAAUGAAAUUGGUAUUCAAAAUAUUGAUAAUUUAUCAUCAUCUUUAUCUGCAAAUGAAAAGAAAAAAUUGACAUCUUUAAAAUUAAAUUUAUCAUUUAUUCCAUCAGAUUUUAGUUCAAAUUCAAUUGAUUUACCAGAUUUAAAAAAUGUUAAAGCAUCUUUAUUAAGUUCAAAUAUUUCAUCAACUUCAUCAAUACCAUUAAAAUUAUCAGCUGAUUUCUUUACAGAAAAUGGUGCUAAAAAUAUAAAGAAUAAAUUUAAUAAAUUUUUUGAAAAUUAUAAUGAAUUAUCUGAAGAUUUCAAAAAAUUAAAUUUAGAUAUUGAUCGUUAUAUUGAACCAUCAUUAUAUCGUGAUAUGAUUGCAAUGAAAGAUCUUCAAGUUGAAAAUUCAUUAGUUGAUUCAAUAGAUUAUUCAAUUAAAUCACAAUCAAAUUGGUCAAAAAAUUCAUCACAAUCUAAUGAAUGGAUAAAGCAAGUUGAAUUAAAUUUAGAAUUAAAAAAUGAUAUUGCUGAAACAUUAGUUCCAAAUUUUCAAACUUGUUUAUUAUCAAGAGUUUAUUGUAUUAAAAUUGAAUUCAAAUUUAAAAAUGGUCAAGAUUGUGAAUUAAUUGUUCCAAUUCGUCUACGUUGUUUCAAUGAUGAUGUCAAUUGA